CGAAAUUCAGUCAGUGUCAGACUAAUGGGCUGUUUCAAACCAUUUUCUAAUUUUCUAUUUUGGUAUGAAACACCAAAAGUAGUACAUAUUCGAAGUAAAAAGGUUGGAAUACUGGGAAGAUUUCUGCAGCUGUGUGUCCUUUCAUACAUUGUCGGAUAUGUUAUGGUUUACAAUAAAGGUUACCAAGAGUUUGCUAAUGUUGAAAGUGCAGUUGUAACGAAAGUAAAAGGUGUUGCAUUCACGAAUACCAACAAAAACAUUCCUGACAUCUACAGAAGAAUUUGGGAUACUUCUGACUUGAUUAUACCUCCAUCCGAAAAUGACGCAUUUUUCAUCACAACGAAUAUUAUCAUUACACCAAAUCAAACUAGGGGAGCCUGCAGUGAGGACCCAGAUGUGUAUGGAGCAUUAUGCGAUUCACCACAGAAUUGCAUAAGGGGGCAAUCUUUGCCGAUCGGAAAUGGAGCCAUGACUGGGCGUUGCAUUCCAAGUGAUGCUAACUCAAGUGUUAACGUCUGUGAAAUAUUUGCCUGGUGUCCUAUUGAACAAGAUAUUUUUCCUUUGGGAACAGAUCGUCCAUUGCUUGAAGAAACUGCCGAUUUUACAGUUUUGAUUAAAAACUUCAUCGAAUUUCCAACGUUUGGGAAAACAUUUCGUCGACGAAACAUCAUGGAAGAUGCUAACAAAACCUAUCUCCAGUCUUGUCAUUAUAAUCAAGAAAGAGAUCCCUUCUGCCCUGUGUUCCGAAUAGAAGAUAUAGUCUCGUUUGCGGGAGAAAAUUUUACACAACUAGCAAUCCGCGGGGGAGUUAUCGUCAUCUCCAUCGACUGGAAUUGCAAUCUUGAUUUAGAUUUUCUUGAAUUUUGCAAACCUAUUUACAGUUUCAGAAGAGCUGAUGAUCCAAAUACCAACAUCGCUCCUGGCUGGAAUUUUAGACACGCCAAUUAUCACGAAGAGAACCGGCGAACGCUAGUCAAAUCUUACGGUAUUCGCUUCGUUAUUGAGGUCCGAGGUCAGGGUAGGAAAUUUAACAUUCUUCCAACUAUGUUGAAUAUUGGAUCUGGACUAGCCCUUCUUGGAGUGACAACUGUGGUUUGCGACUUCAUCAUUUUAUAUUUUACCAAAAAGCGCAUGUUUUACAAAGGAGUAAAAUACUUGCUGGUUGACGGCGAAGAUCCAGAGAGAGCACCACUUCAAACGGAAGCGGGAAUGACAACUUAUGGGAGCAAUUGAAAUAAUAUGCCUUACCUAUUUUACAUUCCGAAUAAUUUUCACAUACUUUAAACAGAAGUUACUAUUCUUUUAAGGGAUCUAGUCAGAAAUUCAUGUUAUUUUUAGCUGAAUUCUAAUAUGAACCAUAUUUUUAAAACAUACACAGGAUACUAAUAUAAUCUUUUAAACUAAA